UCUCAAUCCGUUCUUCUUGAAUAGGAGCCGGUUGAUUUACGCCCUUUCCCUGCCAAAAUCUCGCUAAGGAUUCCUAGGUUGGAAGUUGGAAUUAAAAAAACACGAAACUAUUUCAGUUUAACCGUAGACCUCGGCGGGGGUAGCUCCAGCUGCUUCAGAAAACUCCUCAUUGGUCGCGGCGAGUCUCAAGUUUUCACAACUAGGCUAAACUUAAGGCUAUAUGUUUUUUUAAUAAACAACAUUGGAAACAUUCGAUUGGACGGAAAGAUGCGAACUGGCAGCAGGAGUGAAGCCGGACCUUAAACCCCAGAUCAAGCACUGUCAGUACAAUUAGCUGGACGGUAACUUUCUGGGUUGGACUGACUGUCUAGCGGUCGAGCUUUUUUGAAUUACAGAAUUAGCCUACACCGUCCUCGCGCUAUAAAGGCGUGGGUCCGUGUCCUGUUACACUCGAGUUGGAUCUGUACCAGUGGAUAGCAUACCAGAAAUGCUGGAGGAUCUGAGGGCGUGGUUUUGGCAGGAGACGCUGUGGUUCCCAGAAGGUCUGGGAUGGGCCGACCUUGAGAGCAAAGAUGGACGGGUCUACGCUAAAACUAGCGACCUCUGGGCCGCCCUGCCCAUCGCCCUGGCUUUCCUUGUGGUGCGACAGAUCUUUGAAAGGACAGUGGCUGGACCUCUCGCUGUGUUGCUGGGGGUGAAAGAGACCGUUCGACUCAGGGUGUCACCCAACUCCACACUGGAGUUCCACUACUGUAACAUAACUAAGAACCCCACACAGAGUUCUGUAGACAGUCUGUCCAAGCAGACAGGGAGUUCAGAACGGCAGGUGCAGCGAUGGUUCCGGAGACGCAGGAACCAGGACAGACCCUGUCUGCUGAAGAAGUUUAGAGAGGCCAGUUGGAGAUUCACCUUUUACCUGCUUGCUUUCAUCGCUGGUCUGGCUGUCCUCGUCGACAAACCCUGGCUGUACGACGUCAAGCAGAUGUGGGAGGGCUUCCCCACCAUGACCCUCCUCCCAUCUCAGUACUGGUACUACAUGAUAGAGUUAGGUUUCUAUGGUUCCCUGGUCGUCAGUGUGGCCUCCGACGUCAAACGCAAAGACUUCAGGGAGCAGAUCAUCCACCAUGUGGCCACCAUCUUGCUCAUCAGCUUCUCCUGGUGUGUCAACUACAUCAGAGCUGGCACAAUCAUCAUGCUGCUGCACGACACGUCCGAUUACUUUUUAGAGUCUGCCAAGAUGUUUAACUACGCUGGCUGGAAGAACACCUGUAACUACAUCUUUAUCCUCUUCGCUGCAAUAUUCAUCAUCACUCGACUUGUUAUCUUUCCCUUCUGGAUCAUGUACUGGACGUGGGUGUACCCUCUGACCCUCUACCCUCCCUUCUUCGGGUACUACUUCUUCAACAGCCUCAUGCUGACUCUGCAGUGUCUCCACAUCUUCUGGGCCAUCCUCAUCAUAAGGAUGGCAGUUCGUUUCCUUACAAGCAAUGAAACCGUGGAGGAUGAGCGAAGCGACAAGGACGAGACGGACGAUUCGGCGGAGGAGGACGAUAAGAAAAAAGUUGGGCAGAAAAAUGGACCCGUCCAGAAUGGUCACACAGCCCACAACAACAACCAUGCCAAGGCAGAGUGACAGAAACUGAAGGACACAGAGUGUGCUAACUCAUGUCCCUCAGCACGAGAGAGGAGAGA